GAUGUGGGGGUCACAAUGAAAGCAGCACGCGCACCCUCUGGCUCCUCCCACUUGGGGCGGGACUUGAUUCCCCCCGCCCCCCGGGUGCGCGCGCAGCUGGCUUUGCAACCGUUUCUGACCGCCAUCACGGUUUUCUUUUUGAUCUUCAUCCUGGACUCUCCUGUACUGCAGACCCCCUCGAAACGGGGGCCCGGGACCCCAGGGCUCAGGAGGACUCAACCCGGACUCUCCAAAAGUUGCCGCGGGGCCUUCCGAUCCCCUCGGCCAUCUCCCAAGUCUGGCCAGGCCAAUGGGGCCAGUGAGGAUUCUCAGCAGCUUGACAUUCAGAAACUGAAGGAGAAGAGGGACGUGCUGGACAAGGAGAUCUCUCAAUUAAUAUCUGAAGGCUACAGUGUGGAUGAACUGGAGGACCAUAUCUCCCAGCUCCACGAGUAUAAUGACAUCAAAGAUGUAGGCCAGAUGCUGCUGGGAAAACUAGCUGUGAUCCAAGGUGUCACCACCAAAGAGUUGUAUCCAGAAUUUGAUCUUGAUGUGAAUGAUUGAGCAGAGGGCUCAGAGCCCCUCAUCCAUGACCAGCUAGAACAAGCAGAUGUGAAUAUGAGAAGCAGUGAGAGCCCAACCAGGGUACCUUCAGGGUUUCCAGAGAGAAAACGUCAGAAGCUUUUUUCUAGACAGCCAUGGCUGAGUUGGGAGGGGAGCAGGGAGGAAGGGAUAUACGGGUAUAUGUAUCCUAUUUAUAAAUAAAUAAUAAAUAUAUGAGUGACCUUGGUAUCAAUCUGUACACUGAUUUCUCUCCACUGAUAACUCCCUAUCUUACUCAGGAGAAAGACAGCCUGCUUUGGAUGAUAACAAGCUUACAUGUGCCAGGCAUUGUGCCUACACUAAAUAAGGGGCAAAGUUGGUAAAUCCCCCCUUCAUUGCUAAGUGUGUGAUACAGAUCGGCAUGAAUCCAAUCCCCAAAAUGUGGGGAUGGAUCCAGUCCUAACCUUUCCACUUCUCCAUCCUCAUCGCCAGCCACCCAAGUGGCUCAUUGUCUCAAAUCCUUGCCACCCAGAGCUGGGUCAGAGCCUGCAAGUUAGAUGGACACGGCCUUAGUUAUCUAGUGCUGCUGUAACAGAAAUACCACAAGUGAGUGGCAUUAAAGAAUAAACUUAUUUUCUCACCCCAGUUUUGGAGGCUAGAAGUCAGAAUUCAGGGUAGCAGCUCUAGGGGAGGGUCACUCUGUCUGCUCUGGGGGAAAAUCCUCGUCUUCAGCUUCUCUAGCUUCUCAGUGUUCCUUGGAGAUCUCCACAUGACAUCUACCCCCCAUUGGUGCUUCUUUUUUUCUGUACCAAAUCUGUUCUUUUUAUAUCUCAAAAGUGAUUAAGACACACCCUAUACUGAUAUGGUCUCGUUAACAUAACAAACGCUAUUCCCGAAUAGGAUUACAUCCAGGGUAUAAGGUUUAGGGUUCCAAAACAGUUUUAGGGGACACAGUUCAAGCAUAACACCAUCUUUCAGACGAGCUGCCUGUGCAGAACUGUCAGAGUUCACAUGCUAGAAAGAUACCUUCACAUGCUAGAAAGAUACCUUUCAGAUUGCCAAACAGGCAGACCCUAACCCCUGCUGACUGUCACUACCCCUGUGGGUUCUUUAAGUUGCUAGAAUGACUCACAGAAUCUCAUGGAGAGUAUACCAUGCUAUGGCUGCAACUUUAUCACAACCAACAAGGAUACAAAGGCAACAUGGGGUGAGUCUGGAAGGAGUCACAGUGCAGAGCUUCCGUGACCCAAAGAGGGCUCUUGUGGGUCUCACCACAUGGCCAUGAUAGGUUACAUCAUGCCUCGUGAGGCUUAGCAUUGAACCCCUAGUGGGUCCCUCUCGGUCUGGUCAGCCCCCAUUUAUUAGCCUCAGGUGUUGGUAUAGCUAGAAAGAACUGAGAACAAAGGCCAAAUUGCUUUCUGCAAAGUGAUUUCCAUACCUCGCAGUGCCUUACACCCAUUAUCUCUAAUGCUUGAAACCAUCCUAUGACAGAUGCUGCACAACAUGAAGAAUGUAACCAACAUCACUGAAUUGUACACGUAGAAAUUGUUGAGCUGGUGAAGGUUUUGUUGUGUAUAUUUCCACUGCAAUAAAAAAAUCCUACAAGGAAUUACUAUUCCCAAAUCCAAACCCACUGCCAUCUCAGAAGCAGACUGCCACAUCUUUCUCCCGUGGAGCUGCUAGUGGGUUCGAACUGCUGAACUUUCAAUGAGCAGCCAAGCACUUCACCACUGCACCACCAGGGCUCCUGAAUUAGUAUUACCAUUCCCAUUUUACAGAUGAGGACAUUGAGGCCCAGAGAGGCAAAGUGGCUUGCUCAAGGUCAUGUAGCCAGUAAAUGACAUAGCAGGGAUUUGAGCCCAUGUCUGAUUCUGAAGCUUAUUCUCUGCAAUACUGCCUUUCUGGGUUGGGGGAAAAGUAGGCAAGAGCUGAGAGUGAGCAACAGCAACAUUGAGAGAAAUUCUUCCCUUAUAAAUCAGCGUAUAGACUGAGGGUUCCAGUUCCCAGUUAAAAUUCUCUGUGAAGCAACAGGGAGCUGUUAGCAGCAUUUUUUCAUUGCACAUUGCUUAUGAUGAACGAUCAUCCUGGGCAGACGUGACACUGGCAUAACACACUGCUCAGGGCGUGAUCCAGGAUGGCAGGACUUCACACCUGACUUGCUAAGUGUUCUGACUAUUCUAGCUGCCCCCGGGCCUGUGUUUGCUGGAUGCUGUUACAAGGUUUGGGGUGCAAUAGCAGGUUUGGGCGCAGUGGCUAAAGUGAUCGACUGCUAACCGAAAGAUUGGUGGUUCAAAACCACCAGAGGCUCAGAGGGAGAGAAAUGAGGCAGUCUGCUUCUGUAGAGCUUUACAGCCUUGGAAACCCUAUGGGGUCACUGAGUCAGAAUCAACUUGAUGGCAGUGGGUUUGGUUUGUUGGGUUUUUUUAGCAGCGGUUGGGGACAGGCCAUCAUGAGUUGAUAGAAUUAGUGUCUAGAAACCAGCCAUGUGAGUCAGGCCUGGGUUUGAGUUCCAGCUGUGCCCACCUGUGAGCAGAGUGACCGUGGACAACUGAUGUGGCCUCUAUAAAAUGAAAUAACAGUGGUGCUGUAUUCAUCAGGGUCAUUAGCAUUAACUGCCUCCAAAAACAGCCCAAUAUCUCAUUGGUUGAAUACAUUUUGUAGCUAUGCCACUGGAACAUGUGGCCAUCAGAACGGAGUCACCACAGCAGGGGAAGAGAGAGAUGGAGAAGGCACAUCAACACUUAAGUGACUCAGCCCAAAAUUGGUACGCAUCCACUGUCCAGAACUAGUCACAUAACUCCAUCUGUCCACCAGGGAGGCUGGGAAGUGAGAGUGAGCGUGUGAAUAUUUGCUGGGGACUAGCUGUCUCAGCCGUGAGUACCCACCUCCAAAGGCUGCUUUGAGGAUUUAGGGAGCUACUGCAGAGGAAAGAGCCUGCACGGGACCCAGCACCUAGGAAAGUUUGGAGUCCAGCUCCCCUUUAGUGCUAGACAGCAACCCAUCCUCCUCAGUGACGUGUUCGUUCAGUGACCAGGCUUCAGUCCUGCUCCAGGUUUGUGACGCUUGUUUGCAUCUAUACAUUCUUCUGGAUUCACUGUGAAAGCCUCUGCCUCACUAGCACCAGGCAGCAUGCAUUCUCAUUUUUGGACCUUGUCAUUUUUUAUAAUUUCUGCUUUCACAUUAUAAUGUCAACAGGUAUUCACAAGCACCUUUUAUAAGACUCUAUUAUGGUCCCUGUCUUAAUCAUCUAGUGCUGCACUAUACUAACGAGGACGGCUUUCUGUCUCUGUCAGCUCUGGAGGAAAAUUCCUUGUCCUCAAACUUCCCCUGGGUGAGGAGCUUCUCAGGCGCAGGGACCCUGGGCCCAAAGGACAUGCUCUGCUUCCCGUGCUGCUCUCUUGGUGGUAUGAGGACCCCAACUCUGCUUGCUUCCCUUUCCUUUUAUCUCUUGAGAGAUAAAAGGUGGUGUAGGCCACACCCCAGGGAAACUCCCUCCACAUUGGAUCAGGGAGGUGACCUGAGUAAGGGUGGUGUUACAAUCCCACCCUAAUCCUCUUAACAUAAAACUACAAUCACAAAAUGGAGGACAGCCACACAAUACUGGGAAUCAUGGCCUAACCAAGUUGAUAACACACAUUUUUGGGGGGACAUAAUUCAAUCCAUGACAGUCCCUAUUUUGCAGAUGAGGAAACUGAGGCUCAGAGAGGGGAAGCAACAUCAGAGUCACACAGUGAAUCAGUGGCAGAGCUGGGACAAAAGCCCAGGACUGUCUGGCUCCAGAGUCUGGGCUUCUAACCUGGAUACUACACCUUGAGGCCUUGCACUCUGCCAAGGAUUUGUUGGCUAUGCACCAGACUCUUAGUAAAUUGGGUGCCCUCUAAGGACAAGACUUUGCCAGAUACAUCUCAGAAUGCGCUCCUUCUCCCCUGCACUUUACACAUACUCUCAGUAUUUCUCUAAUUGAAUGUGGCCCUGCACCCGUUCCCUUAGGUCUUUGGGGCAAACUAGGUCUAAGUGAAGAUGGAACCAGGACUGGCAUGGGCUUCUUACAUUCUCACACUUCUUUGGCCCACACAGCCGAAGCUACCAGUGCUGUGACCCACUUCCUUCUCAACUUCCUAAGCUACAUUGCUUUACAGUGUAGGAGGGGCAGAGAUAAGCAGCCAGGCUCAUGUGAAUAGGAGCCGCAGAAGUGACUCCCUUCCUUGAGGUUUCUUCUAACCUCACCCCAUUUUGUUCAUAUGGAGAGCUGGCUUGUCUCCUCUUGCCUCUGUCCACUGAAAACACCUCUCAGUGCUAGAUGCUGGGAGCCACAGUGUCUAGGUCUCUGCCAUACAGAGAUCACCUGCCAGCAAGAAGUCAGGGAACUAAGAAUCAGUGACAAUACUGUUGGAUAAAAGACUGAUGGGGUUAUAGGAGCACAUCUGAGCAGCACCUAACCAAUUUGGAGGCAUUGGGGAAACAUCCAAGGUGCCUUCGUGGCACGGUGGUUAAGCACUCAGCUGCUAACUGAAAGGUCUGUGGUUCAAGCCCACCAGCACUCCGUGGGAAAAAGAUGUGGGAGUCUGCUUCUGUAAGGAUUACAGCCUUGGAAACCCUAUGGGGCAGUUCUACUCUGCCCUGUAGGGUUGCUAGGGUUGCUAUGAGUCAAUUGACUCAAUGGCAAGGGCUUGGGGAGAAACUUCCAGGGGAAAGAGACAUCAAUUUCUGUACAAGAGAAAGAGUCAGCCUAACAAGUGAGGAGAGUGUUCCAGGCAGAGGAAACAACAUUUUCAAAGGUCUGGAGGUGAGAGAAUUUAGUAGGCCCAGGCUACAGAGGGUUUCAGUCUGGUUGCAAAUAGCUAGGGAUGGUGAUUUGCUGGCUGUAUUCACUUGGACUCUUCGUGGGAGAUAAGAGCCUCACCCAAAUACCAUCCUAGCCUGACCCUGUAUUCUGGGCCAAUCUUGAGGCACCCAAGGAGGAUGUUUGGAAGGAAAGCAUAAUCUGGACUCAUUUCUCUCUUGUGCAAGAUUGGCUCUCCCAGGUGUCAUGGCAGGCUGAGGCCUCAGGGGGGCAGUGUCCACUCAGAUGAAUCUAACAGCACCAGGAAGGAAUCCCUGGGAGGGCUUUAUUGGAAAGGUUUGGGCCUGCCAAGCCACCAGCAGUGGACUGGAUCCUCAGAGUGUCCCAUAUAGAAGAAGGUGUUUCCUCUAGCAGUAUACCUCCCAGGAGUCUGAAGUGACCCUGGGCAGUAAGGAGCCAGCUGAUUGUGACAUGUGCCAUCUCUCAGGGUAUGCCAGAUGUUUCAGGAAAACAGGCCCUCUACCCCGGGCUGAUGUUAACUCUGACAUGGCAUGUGCACAUACAUAGUUUGAUCAUAUCUGGUGUAAACCUUACUCAAAAAUAUUUAUUAACAUCUGUCAUCUAUGGAGUUCAAAACAUUUGUCCCUGGGACCCCAAAAGGCCAUUUCUGAGCAGCCUGACCUCAUAGAAGCAGAGUCACCAAAUAUCAUCCCACUUCAGCUAUUCUCAGAAGAAAGGAACACUGGGGAGGCAAGGAAGCCCCAGCCAGGGUCCCAGUGCCCUUGUGUGGUGGAGGAAAGGGGCCCUGGUGGGGCCCCCAAUCCUGACGCCUAGGAGGCAUGACAAGGGAAGCUCUGGGUUCUUUGUCAGGUGGGUGGGAACUGAGAAUGAGGUGAGAGGUGACAGUCACACACCCAAACCAGUUACAGACUGAAAGUUUCACCAGAGAACAGGGUAGAACCUAAUAACCUAUAUUUACACUGUGGGUCAGUCAGGGUGCUGAGCACUUCAUGAAUCUCACCAACUCUUGCAACAACUGAGUGUGGUUAUGUAAAUUAUCCCAAUUGCCAAAUGAGCAAACUGAGGCUCAGUGUGGCACAGUGACUUACUCAAGGUCACACAUUCAAUAAGUAGCUGAGCUGUCUGACUCCAGACCCUGGCUGAGUAUUCAAUGUGCAAUCCUGCCAUCUCUAGCAGAGGCUCAGCCUCUCUCUCACCCAAGAUCAGGCAUUAGUAAGAGUCAGAGCUUGAAUACAGCACUCUCUGAGCCCUUAAACUCAAGGUCCUAACAUAUCUCCCCUGUGCUUUCUAUAAGUUGUAUGUGAUAUGUCCAAGGGCCUGACCUCACUGCCAGGCCAGUGGCAGCACUGGGCCGAGAGCAGGGACAGAAAUGAACAGCUACUGUCUUGGCUCCUGUCUCCCAAUUCCUCUGAGCAGGAGGCUUUGCCCCCUUCUUAGGGAGCCUCUCAUUCUCAGCAUCAGGAACUCUGAACAGAUCUCCUAACCUUUAACUCCCCAGCCUCUCCUAUUCACCUCAGAAUCCCAAAGGAUCUCACCUGGAAUAAUAACCAUAGCAGCUAUUAUUCGGAGCAAACACCCUGUGCUAGGCCCUGAGCCUCGUGCUGUGUGUGACUAUCACAUGUAUUUCUAAUGGCAGCCCAAUGAAGUAUGUAAAGUUAUCCCCAUUUUCCAGAUAAGGCAAAUGAGGCUGAGAGUUGUUACUUUCCCAAGAAAACACAGCUAAGUAUCAGAUUCAAAGGUUGAAGGGGUUCCAAAUACAUGCUCUUUAAACACCCAACCCACUGCCACAGAGUGGAUUACGACUCACAGUGACCCUACAGGACAGAGUAGAAGUGCCCCAUCGGCUUUCUGAAGCUGUAAUCUUUAUGAAAACAGAUUACCACAUCUUUCUCCUGUGGAGCAGCUGGUGGGUUUAAACCACCAACCUUUCAGUUAACAGGCAAAUAUUUUAACCACUGCACCUCCAAGGCUUUUGAAAAUAAAGACUUGAGUCCCAAAUCUGUAGAGAUUCUGAUUUUGGAGUGCUAGUCUGGGCCUGGAAAUUUUUUUUUUUUUAACAAGUUCCUCAGAUGUUCCCUGUUAUCUUGCCUCUCUGGUAUGCAUUCCUUGAUGGUUGACAAAGUUGCUUCUAACCACCAGUAAUAAUGUCCUAUCUAAGGCCCUCAAACCAGCCCAUCUUCAAACACAUCUACAAAACCACCCGGCCCUAAGAGCAAGCUGUGGCCAACUCUAGAUCAAACCCAGGUGUGGCUUUAUCUAGAUUCUCUCCAGGCCCCUCUCAUUGGCCCUGACAUUUGUUGGCUGGCAUUUGCUGAAGUUGACUUGUUGCCCCACCCUCCACCCUGGCACCAGCAAACCUGCCUGGGUGGUUUGCCAGAGAGGAGCUACGUUUGUUUUGUCAUCUUAGGACUCCUCACUUCUAAUUUUUCCAGAGACUCACGAAGUACAUGUAGGGGCUGGAGGGCAGGGACCACUUUGACUCCAGAAGCCUGCUUUGCAGACCCCCAGGGGGCUUAAGAUCCCAGGACUGUACCCCUGCCACUGCCCAUUCCCUCCACCCCACCCCAGCCACCCAUUCCUGAAGCUUGUCUCUUUUAGUCAACACCUACCACCCCCAGCAGGGCCCUGAUCCAGACUCUCACCCCAGAUAGGAACUUCUUUGGUGUGACUAAUAUCGGUCUCCCCUGUUAUCCAGCCCAUUUCCGGGAUGAGUUCGGUGCCACCUGCUAAGGUGCUCAAAGGAUGGCCUUAGUCAGCAAGGGGCUGGAUACUGCAGAGGAAAUUAAGGUGUUGAUGACAUGGUGGUGGCUAUGGUUUUGUUUGUUUUGUUUUUUAAUCUGUGGUCCAACAGAGAAAGCCCAGCAGACCAAGCCAUUCAUAAACGGAAAACAGGAGGCUGGGUUAGUGGUUCCACCUCCCCAGGCCUCAGUUUUUCCAUCUAUAAAACAGGUAAAAUAGUAUAAACUG